AUGGACAAGGAUUCCAUCAAUAUCGACGAGUACUGGUGGCAGGAGAACCCUUCACCCAAGUUGUCGGAGUUUGUAAAUGGAGGCGAGUUUACGCGUCUAUGCGGUCUGGACAGGAUAUUGCCCACCUAUUAUGGCAAAUAUGAGAAGGAGCAACACCUCCGUCAGUUCUACCGCGUGAUGCUCUUUCGGGAGGCGACGUGGACUCUUGGCGAACCCAUUUUUGAACAACUCCAAUCUUUGACUAUUCCUAUCUCUACGAUCGACCAGUAUCUCGGAGUGGUGUCACGACUGGGGCGACUGGAGAGGAUUCGGUUCUUGUUGGAUGCAUUGUUUGACUACAAGGCCUCGUAUGUCUGGACCGCAGCCCUGGAGGAGUUCAUGUUCCCGAUCGAUGACUUCAAGAACCAGGCUAUGCACAGUGCAUUACAGUUCAUCAAGGAGCAUGUGCAAUUGUUUCCUGGUCACCUUGUUGGCGGUGUCAGCUUUGUCGAUGGUGAUUUCUGGAUGGAUGCUCCGCAGGGUUGUCUGAGGGAAAUUCAGAUGGAGGUUGCUCGGUUGUUGCCACCUUUUGAAGGGGUGUGUGUCGUCAAUAACGAGUGA